UGGCUUUUAAAACAAGUUUAACUUGCCCUGCCAACUUAUUUAACAGGCAGAUUCUCUGUAGAAAACAACUCACCCAAGCCAUGCCGGGUGAAACAGCGUGGAGCAGGGUGUCUGUGAGCCCGGAACCGGCUGCUGAGCACUCGACCACUUUCGCAGUGCCAGCCGUCAGCGAUGCGCUGACGCUCAGCUCGCUGUCGCUGGAGGCGCUGAGGAACGCCUCCGCGCACCGUACGCGCCGCUUUGAGCUCGUCCGUCUUAGCCGACCGGUGCCUGUGCUGCGCAGGGGUCAGCACUUUGAUGUCGUCAUCAAGUUCAAUGAGCAAAGGCCGUUCGACCUUGAGAAGGACUCCCUUCGAUUAGUCUUCAGUUUGGGCCAGAAUCCGAACCCAGUGAAGGGGACUCAAGGUGUGGUGAGCAUCCUGAACGACAGCUCGGAGUGCUGGCCGGUUCACGAUGGUCGCUGGUAUGGACGGCUCAAAAACUCGGAUUCGAAUGAAACCGAGUUGGAGAUUCGUCCGUCCGCGGAUGCUCCUAUCGGAGUUUGGAGGCUGAAGGUGGAGACGGGCGUGAAGGAGGAGUCGAGCGCCAUCCCCAAGGUCUACGAACACAAAGAGCAAAUUUAUUUACUCUUCAACCCCUGGGUGAAAGACGACGCCACUUUUAUGGAGAAGCAAGCUCUGCUGGACGAGUACGUGCUACAAGAUGUGGGCAAAAUCUGGGUUGGCACAUACCAGUCCCAUGUGGGCAGGCAGUGGGUUUUCGGCCAGUUCGACAAGGCUGUGCUUCCGGCGGCCAUGUUUGUACUGGAAAGGGCUAACUUGGACCCAACCAUCAGGGGAAAUCCCAUUGCCAUCUCUAGAGCUAUCAGCAAAUUGGUGAACUCAAACGACGAUGCUGGCGUCCUGGUUGGAAAUUGGUCCGGAAAUUAUGCGGCGGGAACUGCGCCAGGAGCAUGGACGGGGUCGGUCAAAAUUUUGGAGCAGCACCACUCGACUAAGCAGCCUGUGCAAUUCGGACAGUGCUGGGUUUUUGCCGGAGUGACAACAACCAUUUGCAGAGCUUUGGGCCUUCCAUCGCGUGUUGUUACCAACCUUGUGUCUGCGCACGACUCAAAUGCAUCGCUCACUGUGGACAAAUACUUUGACAUCCAUUCGCGCCCUUUGGACACUGGCGACUCCAUCUGGAACUUCCACGUCUGGAACGAGGCGUGGAUGGCGCGGCCUGAUCUGCCAAAAGGUUACGGAGGGUGGCAGGCGAUCGACGCCACCCCACAGGAGACCAGUGACGGUGUGUAUCAAUGCGGCCCGGCUUCUCUGCAGGCUAUCAGGAAUGGCUCAGUCGGCUUCAAGUACGACGUGCAAUUCCUGAUUUCCUCGGUGAACGCAGAUGUUGUCUACUGGAAGCAAGACCCGACCGCAGAGAUGGGCUAUCGCAGGAUGAACGCCUCCACGGCCGAGGUUGGACGCAAGAUUUUGACCAAGCAAGCCAAUGUUUUCGAUGCCAGCGGGCAAGCAGAUAUGGAGGACAUCACUUGGCUGUACAAGGCCAAAGAAGGCAGUCAACUGGAACGCAGCACCAUGUACAACGCAGCGAGGGGCUCGACCAACGCCCGGCGAUACUUGCUGCAGCCUGGCGAGGCCCGCGAAGACCUCGUGUUUACUUUGAACGACCUCGACAAGAUCAACGUUGGUGACAAGUUUGAAAUCAACGUCACCAUCAAGAAUGAAGUAGACGACGCGAGAACCUUGGAUGUGACUCUCUGUGCUAGCAGUGUCUAUUACAACGGAGUUGAGGCUAAUCUGAUCAAGAAAGCCGCUGGCAAGUUCAAAAUCAGGCCAAGAGGACGAGAUGUGCUGCGCCUCGAGGUGACACCUACGGAGUACUUGCCGAAGUUGGUGGAGUACGGCAUGAUGAAAAUAUUUGCGGUGGCCACCGUUCUCGAAACGAAGCAAACUUGGGCUGCCGAGGACGACUUCCAAAUCGUCAAACCGAGGAUCAAUGUCAAAGUACCAGAGAGCGUUGUGGCAAAACAAGUUUCUUCUUUGGAGUUUACCUUGAAAAACCCACUGAAAACCACUUUGCACAACUGCAAGCUGCAGUACGAGGGCCCCCACGUGCUGACAUCGAACGUGACGAUCGACAUGGAUGACAUUGGACCCGAGGAAGAAAUAACAGUCAAAGGUGACGUGACGCCGGUGAGAAAGGGGAAGUUCGGGCUCGUGGCGGUUUUUUCUUCUGAUGAGUUGCAUGACGUCACUGGAUCGGCCAGCGUCGAAGUAAAACCAGUAGCUUGAUUAAUUAUGCAUGCGCGUUGUUUGACAAAGUUGUCCACUUUUAUAUUCAGCGAAUGAACAAAAAAUCAACUAUAGUUUAGUUAUGGAAAUUGGUUUUGUUAAGAAAAUAAAAAAAGUUCGAUUCUACACAAAAUGCAAACACGCAUAACGGUUGACAUAGUGCAACCAUUGUUUGUUUAGUUUGUUUCUGCAGGAUAUGUUAUCACUGGAUUAUUUAUAACAAUGAGUAAGAGUUUUUCUGCUUU